UUAGCCUCUUUGGUCGCCACCAUCCUUUUGGAUCCAGCCGGAGCAGGAGCCUCGUUCCUAUGACAACCGCGCCAGGUCCACGCGCAGACGGCGGGUAGCAAGGGUCAAAACAGAUUUUCAAAGUUGAAGCCCUAGAACUGUUCAGUCCGCGCCUUUGGUGCGCCGGGCCUUUAAGUGUCACGUGACUGCCCUCCGGCUCGUCCCUCCUCUUUCCCCUCCCCAGGCCCCGGCGAGCGCUGGUGUGGACCGGAGGCUCUCGGCCCCGCGGAGUAACUGGAGCACGGACGUUGCAGCCGGUUAGGACGGUGCCCUUUCCAGCUCUGGAAAGGAAGAGAAAUGGAAGUGAAAAAGUUGAGCAUUUCCUGGCAGUUCUUGAUAGUUCUGGUUCUGAUCCUGCAAAUUCUGUCUGCGUUGGAUUUUGACCCAUACAGAGUCCUAGGGGUCAGCCGAACAGCCAGUCAGGCUGAUAUUAAAAAGGCUUAUAAGAAGCUCGCCCGGGAAUGGCAUCCUGACAAAAACAAAGAUCCUGGAGCAGAAGACAAGUUCAUUCAGAUUAGCAAAGCUUACGAGAUUCUUUCCAAUGAAGAAAAGAGAUCACAUUAUGACCACUAUGGAGAUGCCGGGGAGAACCAGGGCCACCAGAAGCAGCAGCGAGAGUAUCGCUUCCGCCAUUUCCAUGAGAAUUUUUAUUUUGAUGAACCAUUUUUUCACUUCCCUUUUAAUUCUGAACGGCGAGACUCAAUUGAUGAAAAGUAUUUAUUGCACUUUUCACAUUAUGUGAACGAAGUGGUUCCAGAUAGCUUCAAGAAACCCUACCUCAUUAAGAUCACCUCAGAUUGGUGCUUUAGCUGUAUCCAUAUUGAGCCUGUUUGGAAGGAAGUAGUGCAAGAACUGGAAGGGUUGGGCGUAGGAAUCGGCGUGGUCCACGCUGGCUACGAGAGACGCCUGGCCCAUCACCUGGGAGCACACAGCACACCAGCUAUCCUAGGAAUCAUAAAUGGGAAAAUCUCCUUCUUCCAUAAUGCAGUUGUCCGUGAGAACCUGCGACAGUUUGUAGAGAGUCUUCUUCCAGGGAACUUGGUGGAGAAAGUUACAAGUAAAAAUUAUGUCAGAUUCCUCUCUGGCUGGCAGCAAGAGAAUAAACCGCAUGUCCUUCUGUUUGACCAAAUGCCCGUUGUACCACUGCUCUACAAGUUGACUGCUUUCGCGUAUAAAGAUUAUUUGUCAUUUGGAUACGUGUACGUCGGUUUGAGAGGGGCGGAAGAGAUGACGAGGCAAUACAACGUCAACGUCUAUACCCCCACCAUCCUGAUCUUUAAAGAACACAUACACAAGCCUGCAGAUGUUAUCCAGGCUCGAGGUAUGAAGAAACAGGUCAUUGAUGACUUUAUCACCCAAAACAAGUAUCUGUUGGCAGCCAGGCUCACCAGCCAGAAGUUGUUCCAUGAACUCUGCCCCGUGAAACGGUCUCACCGACAGAGGAAGUACUGUGUGGUUCUACUGACCGCGGAGGCUACCAAGCUGAGUAAACCCUUCGAGGCUUUCCUGUCCUUUGCUCUGGCAAACACGCAGGACACAGUGAGGUUCGUGCACGUCUACAGCAAUCGGCAGCAGGAGUUUGCCAACACCUUACUGCCAGACAGCGACGCCUUUCAAGGAAAAUCAGCGGUGUCUAUCUUAGAAAGGCGCAACACAGCAGGGAGGGUGGUGUAUAAAACCCUGGAGGAUCCCUGGACCGGGAGUGAGAGCGAUAAAUUCAUCCUUUUGGGUUAUCUUGACCAACUGCGGAAAGACCCAGCUCUUCUGUCCUCGGAAGCUGUGCUCCCCGACUUGACCGAUGAACUUGCCCCUAUUUUUCUCCUUCGGUGGCUCUAUUCUGCUUCUGACUACAUCUCAGACUCUUGGGACGGCAUAUUUCACAGCAACUGGCGGGAAAUGAUGCCCCUUCUGUCCCUGGUCUUCUCUGCUCUCUUCAUCCUCUUCGGCACCGUCAUCAUCCAGGCUUUCAGUGACUCAAAUGAGGAGCGAGAGUCAAGCCCUCCAGACAAAGAGGAAGCCCACGAGAAGACCGGGAGGACAGAGCCAAGCUUCACCAAGGAGCCCAGCAGCAAGAUUCCUAAAAAAGGCUUUGUGGAGGUGACCGAGCUCACAGAUGUAACAUACACCAGUAACUUGGUACGCCUGAGGCCAGGCCACAUGAACGUGGUCCUCAUCCUGUCAAAUUCCACCAAGACCAGCCUGCUGCAGAAGUUCGCUUUGGAGGUCUACACGUUCACUGGGAGCAGCUGCCUGCACUUUUCCUUCCUGAGUCUAGAUAAACACAGAGAAUGGCUGGAAUACUUACUAGAAUUUGCUCAAGAUGUGGCCCCGAUCCCAAACCAAUACGACAAGCAUUUCAUGGAACGCGACUACACGGGCUAUGUACUGGCUCUGAAUGGCCACAAGAAAUACUUCUGCCUCUUCAAGCCCCAAAAAACAGUCGAAGAGGAGGAAGCCAUGGGGUCGUGCAGUGACCUUGACUCUUCCCUCCAUCUGGGUGAAUCUCGAGGGAAAUCUUCUGGCCUUGGAUCCAGGCCCAUCAAAGGAAAAUUGAGCAAGUUGUCCUUAUGGAUGGAACGGCUGCUGGAAGGCUCCUUACAGAGGUUUUAUAUCCCGUCAUGGCCUGAACUAGACUGAGAAUUUCUAAAAGAGGCUCGAACUCUUCAGACUUUUUAACAGGCCCCUGUGAACAGCUGAAACGCUGGUCAUGUCCAAAUACCUGACAUUGUCCCUUGAAACAAACGCAGCGUGUCUGCUGCCGAAUCUGUUCAGUUUGUCAAGGAGGAUGAUGAUGCUUUCGAGACAGACCUGAAAAGAAGGUGAAUAUUUUGCACUUUUGAUACUCUUAGGAACAAAUAACUUAUUUGGCAAAUGGUGUCUUUUUUAUGUUGUUUUUGUUUUGUAUUGUGAACAGGCACUGAAGCUGAUGUUAUUUUGUUUUAAGAAUAUUACAGACUGGAAACAGAAAUAAACUAUUUUAAUGUGUGAUGAUUA